GUUGAUUAUAUGGGGUUGUACUAUGUAACUGUUACAAGAGGUAGGUUAGGUACCGUAGUGACAUCCAUGAUCAACUGUAAAAUCGAGUUGUCGGAUUAUGUAUAACUCCACCAUUUUAGACCUACUUACCUGGUACUUAGGUAUAGGUGUGUACAUGCAUACCUAGGUACACAUUAGCAAUGUAUGUACCUAUCCAUGUGCCAAUGCAGUGACAUCUCAAUCGAAGUCUUCUCUUGUCUGACACUACCUUACCUGCUUACUUACCUUACAUGCAUCUUAGGUAAUGCGAACACCCAUCGUAAUUGAACCCGACGAGCUUUAUAUAUAAAAAAGUACACCGUCCACCCAAGGCUCCAGAGUGCAUCGAGAGUAGGCCAAGAAAGGGGAAAAAAAAAAAAAAUUAUACGACGAUGUCCAUCUCAAAUGAGGCACUACAGAAGCUAUUGCGGGAAGUCGAGACGCAGGCAAUCGCAGCGCAGCAGCAGAUCUCCCUCGUCAGAACGCAGCAAGCAUCUAAGCAGCGGGAAUUACGAAUGGCGCAGCUUACCCGCAGCGAGAUAUCCUCGUUGCCGGCAGGUACCAACGUCUACGAGGGCGUCGGAAAGAUGUUUGUGGCUAUGCCCGCUGCCGAGAUGAAGGGCAAACUGGAAAGCCAAAUCAAAGAAGUAGAGGGCGAAGUGGACGGGCUCGGGAAGAGGUUACACUACCUCGAGGUUUCGCAGAAGAAUAGUAAGGACCAGAUAGACCGCAUGCUAAGGGGCGGUGUGGGAGCAUCUUAGAUUUAGGCGAACGUUGAGUCGACGGGUUUAAGUCUGCGCUGGCUACACGGAGGCCUACCGAUCACGCGACACGGAACACUGGUGGGCGCUGCGGGAUGUGGACGUGGAGGAUGACGUUUGGCAUCAAUCAGACUCGGCUCACUGUCGCCUUAGCCAGCUUAGCCGGAGGCUGUUCACCGAAUACAGUACAUACAGUACAUACCUAGUUAGUACCUAGGUAGAUACUGAUAGAGUAUGUAUCUUAGCUGAAUACCAAAGCAGCAGAGCGGCUACUUGUGGGACACUCUGAUGAUUACACUACACUUAGGUAUGCUGCUGGUAUUGGAAACAAAUGAUAUUAGAUACCUAGG